UACGGCGAUGGCCGAAUGCCGAUGGCGUCUACUCUUCACAGAUUACAUUAUAUUGUAUAUAUGGCGUCGUAAAACAACGAAUUUUUCUUCGUAAUUUCAGAAACCAAUAAUUAUUGUAGUGGUUAUAUCAGCAAAAUGUUUGCUCGGAACACUUUUUGUUAAGAUCUCGUUGAUAAUAAUCUACGAUAUGCAAAGUGCAAGGUGCCUCUCAAUUAAAAACUUUUGAUUUUAGUGAAUACAAAAAACAUUGGCAAUGCAGUGUUGUGUCCCAUUCUGCCUAACCACUCCCGAGACCGUUUCCGAAUCCGCACGGAUUACAUUCCACAAGUUUCCCAGUGAAGAUUGCCUCCGUGAUGCUUGGCUCAGAGCCAUUGGCAAACAAGACAGCCAUCUACCAGACUCUGCUGUGGUCUGCUCACAGCAUUUUCUUAAUGAUGACCUUUGUACUACGGAAAGUGGCUCUAGGCAAAUUCGUCCUGGUGCUAUCCCCUCCAUGGUGCAGGUCUGCAUGAUAUGCCUCGACACUCGCAGCAAGCUGUUGCUAAUGAGUAAAUACAACCUGGAUGAAGCAUACCAACACUUAGUGGGACAGCCUCUGUGUGAUCAAGGAAACCUAAAAGGAACACUUUGCAUACAAUGUGCUCAGAGAUUAGUGAAUUUUAACAAAUUCAGAGACAAGAGCUUGAGAGCCCGUGCCCUGAUGAUGGAGCUAGUUGAGAAACAUGAAUUAAUAUCAAUGCAACACAUGGACAUAUUCAACGAAGUAAACAAUCAACUGAAACAUAACAUUGUAAAGACAGUAUUAGACCCCGACCAUUGCAAUUUGUACAUAAAUUCUGACACAGACAAACAGCCAGACGUAACUGCAUCUGUUGAAUCAGUUACUAUAAAGAAUGAAGCAAAUGUUCCUAUGUCAGUUGACGAAGAUUCUCCACAAAAUGUGGCAGUGAGACACGAUACUGAAAAGGGUUUCAAUAUCAACUUGGUUGUAACCAAAGAAGAAUAUCUAUCUGAUGAAGAACCAAAGCAGCUGUCCGAUCCUCUCUUCGUGAAGCCUUCAACGUCCAAAGACCCAGUCGAAGAACCGUUGGCACCGGUCAAGUAUGAAAUCACGUUUGAAUGUUCCAUUUGUAUGGAAGAAUUCGCAGAUGAAGACACAUACAACUAUCAUAUGUCUAUGCAUAUGGAGGAGAAUCAAAAUCUGACUGAGGAGCCGAGUGCUGAGUUUGGCCAUUCUUCUUCGGUCUCUCGCGUGAAUGCGCCCGUGAAAAUUGCUACAAAUCCCAUGAAAGAAAUAUGCAUCGAACGUGAACACAAAGUCGUUCAAACCACGCAGAAUAAUCCUCAGGAAGCGUUCUUCAACAAGUUAAAUAAAUCCAAAACCAAUGAAAGUGUAACAGUUACUAAGUCUGAUAACAAGCAAAUGAAAUGUAUUUUUUGCCAGUACCAAAGUAAAAACGGAGCUCUACUAGUCGACCAUAUGAAAACACACACUGGAGACAAACCGUUUGCGUGUGUGCUUUGCGAAUACAAGUGUGCGAGAAAAAGUGAUCUGGUGAAGCAUAUGAUCAUUCACACCGAACUAAAACCUUUUUCAUGCGACCUAUGUGACUACAAAUGUUCAAGAAACAGUGACUUAUCCAAGCAUGUAAUAAUUCACACUGGUAUUAAACCAUUCUCUUGUGAGAUAUGUGGUUAUAGGUUUGCCAGAAAGAGGGAUCUGGGGAGACACAUGAGGACCCACACUGGUGAAAAACCAUUUGCCUGUAGUUUUUGUGAGUUCAAAUGUGCAGAAAAGGGUAAUCUAUCCCAUCAUAUGAAAAAGCACACGAAUAUCAAACCGUUUUGCUGUGAGCUAUGCGAGUACAAAACUUCAAUUAAAAGUAGCUUGAUUAGCCAUAUGAAAACGCAUACGCGCGAAAAACCAUUCUCCUGUCUGUUCUGUGAGUUCAGGUGUUCCAUAAAGAGUAGCUUGAGUAGACAUAUGAAGACUCAUACUAGUGCUGAAACUUUUUCUUGUACGUUAUGCGAUUACAAGUGUUCGAUCAAAAGAAACUUAACUAGGCACAUGGUCAACCAUAAAUAAGUAAUGUUUAUGAGCGUCAAUCGGAAAAAGCAACGAAAUAAUUUUUGACGAAUAAUUGGAAUGUCCUCCCAAAAUAUACACUGGUCAGAACGCGUAGAGGUUAUUCGAGGUUUUUAAUCUAAAAAACGAAUGGCAAGUAUGGCAAGAUAAAUGAUUUAAUUAGUGCGCGAUUUCCAUCGCAACAUCUAAUUAUCCAGUUCACGAUCUUAACACCGAAAGAUCUUCAAUAAAUAAUCGUUAUAUAACAUCCGUCAAAACACCCGUAUUUAUACAAUUAAUUCAAGGACCAAAAGCAACAGAUCGCCAUCGAAUGAGUCAAAUAUCGAUUUUAUCAAACUACCUUCAGUUAAUAAAUUUAUAUCAUUUUUGAUAAUUCUUAUCAAUUUUUAAAAAUAACCCAACAUGUUUUAGUUAUUCAUCAGAAUCUGUGAUUUUGAAUCGUACCCAACUCUGGUUCAGUAGAAAAACUAUUAUUUUACCAACAUUUAUAUGGACUAUAAAUAUGGAGGAGCCCGCAAGAAGUAAAGACCUUAAAGCAAAUGUAAGAACUGCCCAAGCUAUGCAAUACAAAGGAGAAAAGAUCUUAAUGUGAAAAAAAUUGUCUCGUUUCAGUCGCUCCUUUGCCAUGGGAACUUGCGACAGACACGACAGGCCUACAAGCAGUUUCUACUCCAACCAUCGAACAAAUUAUUAAAAAGGAACCUCAAGAACGAUCUGUACCAGAAAAGAUUGUAAGUGAAUUAGAUUCUGAA